GGAGCGGCAUUCCCAGCCCUGCCGUUCCCCAGCCGGAGGUAACCGGGACAGCACGGAUGCUCCUGCCCCACCGGUACCCACGGAGCCGGCGGUGCUGGAGGCUCCCGCUCGCAGCCUCCUCUUCCUCGGGUGGUUUUCCUCCCUCCCCCUUUCCUCUUCCCCCCCCCUUCCCCGCUCGCAUUUCCUCCCUGCACCUUUAAGAAGCACAUUGCUCGCCGGUGGGAUGGUGUGUGCUAAAGCUGCACAGAGGAAGUUACGCAGCCGGGAUCAGGCACGGAGAUAAAAGCUCCGAUUGUGAUUGAAAGUGAGAGCGAGAGGGAUUUCAGCCUCGGCAUUAACUUGCGAGGGGAGCCGGGGAUUGCACAAAGCUCCCCCGGCCAUCUGCCCUUGGGGGCCGGCGGCGCAGCGGCAGCCCGCCGGGCUGGGGGGGCGGGGGGUCCGUGGGGUGUAAAGGGGGGGUCCCCCCAGCCCCGAAGUUCCCAGCUCCGCCGAGAGCCCCGCGCCGCAGAGCUCCCUCCGGUGCAGCCAGAUAAUGAACGUUCCCUUUGCCCUGACCAUGAGAGAGAGGAAAGACCUCACGUAGCAGCAUGGCUUGCAGCUGAGGGCUUUGGGGAACUCGGUGCUCAGUUGCCAAAAGGCAGAGUCAAAGAGAAAUCCCUGCCUGUGAGUGCCUCCCCACCACUGCGAGAGGCAGAGGGAGAAGCAGCACGACCAGCACUGCUCUUAUGAACCCACUGAGCACCCAGACCACUCGGACAUCAUCACCCAACGUGUUCAUGUUGACACAGACAGCCCUGGGAGAAAGGGAUUUUAGCUCCAAAGGGUCUCUCUUAUCACAGUUGUACUGAUGACCAGAUGCUAUAUCUAUGUAUUAAUCUUCAACACCCCCCCCCCAAUAGUUCUUUAAGGCAGACCACAGUUUAAGGCACUUUCCACAGCGAAGCAUUUGUGGCAGACAAGAAGGUUGAGGAAAACCUGAUCCAGCACCAUCUGACGGCCUCUGCAAUUUAAUCCUAUCAAAUUUCAUCAGCAACUCAGAACUUGAUCUUUCUAUUGAUUGACUGGAGUCACCUUUAGAUAUUUUCAUGCUGAUUUGGAAGCCUUUUCAUACAAUAAAAGGAGGAAAAAAUGAGGCUAAGGGAGACUUCUGACCACUGAUCAGCAACUCCAGCCAAAACUUUCCCAAUCAAGUGAAUUGCAGAGUUGGCUUCUGUGCCGAGAGAAAACUUUCCACAUCCAAAUACAGCGUGCUGAGUGGAAUCAUUCCUGUUAUCAUCUGGAUCUCCCUUCGACUGGAUCAUAUUUAGAUGAGCGGUUUCCAUGCUGAUCCCGAGAGCAACCCCUAGCUCAGUCGCUGCCUUCCUUGGGGCUCUCGGCACUGCCCUCAACCAGGGAUCCCACACUUGGCCGCAGCUGCCAUGCUCUACCUGGUUGCUCUCCUCUCGCACUGUCUCCCCUUGGCCAUGGGACAGUAUGACAUUUGCAAGUCCUGGGUGACCACGGACGAUGGACCGUCAUGGGAGUUUUAUGCUUGUCAACCCAAGGCCAUGCGGAUGAAGGAUUAUGUGACCGUCCGGGUGGAUCCAGCAGGAAUCACUUGCGGGGACCCGCCGGAGAGGUUCUGCACCCAUGAGAACCCAUACCUGUGCAGUGAUGAGUGCGACGCCUCCAACCCGGACCUGGCCCACCCGCCAAAACUCAUGUUUGACAGUGAGGAUGAAGGGCUGGCCACGUACUGGCAGAGCGUGACGUGGCGCCGGUACCCGGAGCCGCUGCUGGCCAACAUCACGUUGUCCUGGAACAAGAGCAUCGAGCUGACGGACGACAUCGUGAUAACCUUCGAGUACGGCCGCCCCACCAUCAUGAUGCUGGAGAAGUCGCUGGACAACGGGAGGACUUGGCACCCGUACCAGUAUUACGCAGAUGACUGCAUGGAGGCCUUCAGCAUGCCAGCACGGAGGGUCCGGGACCUCUCCACCACCAGUGCCAACAGGGUCCUCUGCACGGAGGAGUAUUCCCGCUGGGCGGGCUCCAAAAAGGAGAAGACCGUGCGGUUCGAGGUGCGGGACCGCUUUGCCAUCUUCGCUGGCCCCGACCUCAAGAACAUGGACAACUUGUACACCCGGCUGGAGAGCGCCAAAGGGCUCAAGGACUUCUUUACCGUGACCGACCUGCGGAUGAGGUUGCUGAGACCGGCCCUGGGAGGCACCUACGUGCAGAGGGAGAACUUGUACAAGUACUUCUAUGCCGUCUCCAACAUUGAAGUCACCGGCAGGUGUAAAUGCAACCUCCACGCUAACCUGUGCACCUUCAAAGAGGGCAGCCUUCAGUGCGAGUGCGAGCACAACACCACGGGGCAGGACUGCGGCAAGUGCAAGAAGAACUUUCGCUCCAGGUCCUGGCGAGCAGGAUCCUACCUGCCUCUCCCCAACGGGUCCCCCAAUGCAUGUGCAGCUGCAGGCUCAGCCUUUGGCACGUAUGAGCGACCGCAGCGGGUUACCACCACAAAAACCACCACUGCAAAAACCACCACCACAACAGCGCCCACCACUACCACCACCUCAACAACAACCACCACCACCACCACCACCACCACCACCACCCUGCCUGCCACCACCACCCAGCCAGCAAGCAUCCUCAGACCAGCCUCUGAGUUCGCUGUGCCCGUGAGAGAAACAGAGAAAAAACCAGACUACACCAGCUUGUCAGAGGCUGCCCCCCUGCAAGUGAGCUCUCCCCUAGCCAAGGAUGGCCCCGGAGCAGAAGCAGCACGUGGACCGAAGCCACCAGACCCUCCCAAGAACAUGCAAGCAGCUCCGAAGAGCAAAGCAGGGCGCACAGCACACUCUGCAGGCAAGAGGCACGGCAAGAAGCCAGCAUCCUCAAAGAGCUCAAAACUCAUCCGGCUCAAACCAGACUCUGGCCCAGUGGCUCCUAUUGAAACGUAUAAAGACUGCGAGUGCUACGGGCACUCCAACCGCUGCAGCUACAUCGACUUCCUGAACGUGGUGACCUGCGUGAGCUGCAAGCACAACACGAGGGGCCAGCACUGCCAGCACUGCCGCCUCGGCUUCUACCGCAACAGCUCGGCGGAGCUGGAUGACGAGAAUGUAUGCAUAGAAUGUAACUGCAACCAGAUCGGCUCCAUGCACGACCGCUGCAAUGAGACCGGCUACUGUGAAUGCAAGGAAGGUGCCACGGGGCCCAAGUGUGACGACUGCCUGCCCAACUACUACUGGAGACAGGGCUGCUUCCCCAACGUCUGUGAUGACGAGCUCCUGCUCUGCCAGAACGGCGGCACAUGCUACCAGAACCAGCGCUGCAUCUGCCCUGUGGGCUUCAAGGGGGUCCUGUGCCAGCAAUCCAGGUGUGAAGCCGACAAGGACUGCGAUGGUGCCUCCAGCGUGCGCAGCAGCCUCGGCGCCGUCCUCCUCGGGGUGCUCGCCCUCCAGCUGCACGGGUGGGGGGACCUCUGAACCUGCAGAGGAAGGAGCUCAGCCCAGGCACAUCACCCGAGGGGCCGGGGGAGACCAAGGUACCCGGUGGCUCUCCCCACCGUCUCCUCCGCCUUCCUUCACGCUAGGACUUGCACAACGUCUUUCAGUCCACUUCCCGAGCAGAGGGGUGCACGGAACACGAGGGGCUGACUCCUGCCCAUGAACCCAUCCUGGCAGCAGCCGGGGUGGCCGCAGCAUGGAGCCGGCUGCCGAGCAGCAGCACGGGAACUGCACCAGCCUGUGCCGGGCCAUGGUCCAGCAGCCCAGCGGGGACAUAGACCCAUCCUUCCCUCUGCACAGUGACUCUCCUUCCCUGCUCCACACAGGGCCGGGGCCACGGGGCCCUGGUGAAAUAGUGCCGCGAUCCAAGGGGUGUUUUUUUUAUUAUUACUUUCUUUACUUUGGUAUAGGCUGGGGUGUUCUUUUUAUUUUAACUCUUCUUAGUGUCCUGUAUUGAAGGAGCCUGUCAUGUCAACUCAAUUCCAGAGACCCAUAACACAACAGGCAGGGGAAAGGGGAGGGAGGGAAGUGGGGGGACUCUGGUCAAUCAUUGCUGCAUAGUCCCACGUCCCACCACGUACCGUUGCCUACAACUCUAGUUGCUGCAUUGAUUUCUGUAUUUUCAUUGCUGGGUUUUGUUUUCUUGCACUUAACAGAGAAGGCAGGGCCAUCAGGCACAUGCUACAUGAGGAGUGCAGUGUCUUAUCCACACACAUCCCUAUGGUGUACGGUUCGAAUACGUUUUUGGGUAGAGACUUAUUUUUUGUUUGGAUUAAAUGUUAUACAAGAACCACAACUUAAAGGGACAUUUUGCCAUGAGCAUUUGAUUCUGGUGUAUCCUCCUCCAGUAAAGCAACUAUUAAUGGCUGCUUGAUCACUUUUCUUCUUGUGUGCACAGUUAAUUACAGGUAAAGACUUAUUUUUUGA